AUGAAGAGUAAAUUAAUUGGUCUCUAUCUGACAAAUCACGGAAAAAACUUUCAAGAGUACAAUCAUAAUUUGAGAUAUUUACUCGAUCAUUUGAAUGGCGCAAACAACUUGACUUGGUCAUCGGCGGCAUCACCAUCUUCAUUUCGGCCCUUGAGCUCAGUACAAUUGAAGUUGCAUAUAUUAAGCUAUUCAAUAUUGGAAAUUUCACCUAGGACCUGCCCAUCUCUCUACUACCAAACGAAUGGACAUGAGGAAAAGAAGAAGGACAAGUUGGAUGUCAAUUCUCUUGUUGAAAUUGAAAGGUGUAUUGUUAGACUUAUUUACGGAAAGUUUGACUGUGAGAACAAAUUGAAGAUUUACCAAAUAUUUCAUCAUUUUCAUAUUUAUUUAGAAACCUCAAAACAUGUUACUAUCAAAUUUGAUACGUUAUUUGACUUUAAUCUUGUGAGAGUUUUGUGGAGUAAGGCCAAAUCUAUUCAUUGCCAGAAUGGAGGCUCUCCGGACAAUUUCUACUUUUCAAUUCCUCAGAGAAAUUAUGAAGAAAUACUGAGCUGUGAUGAAAACUACCAAAAUUCCGGCAUUACAGAUGGUAAUAUUGAUCAUGACAAGAAUGAACAAGAAAUGAAAACUCAAAGAAAACACAAGAAACGGAAAGUUCAAUCCAAAGACGAUCGCCACUCCUUAACGUCUCUUCAACUUCUCAAAAAUUGGUCCACCCAAUUAGCAACAUGUUGCACACAAUUAGAGGAAUUAAGAGUGAAGUUAGACUAUGAUUUACUCAAAUAUAUGAUAACGAAUGAUGACAAGUGUAUUUGCCCUCAACUGAGAAAUUCUGAGGUCAUUAUUCUUCCAGAACACUAUGAAUCUAUUCCAACUACCGCAGCUACUACCACUGCUACUGUAAACUACCCACGAGAGUUCUCUUCUUCGACCUACACGCCCUCCUGUCACGACCAACCUCCCAAUUUUCGAUAUUAUUUCGUGACCAAAUUGGAAUGGAUUGUCUCUCGUGAAUCCACUCAUCAUUUCUGGGAAACACUCCACACCAUGGCGACUCAUUUUCUGCCACAAUUUCCCAAGCUAGAGUCCCUAAAAAUUAAAGGGUUUCAUGUAAAUAGUUCCUCCACAUGCCCAACUUCUCCUUUAGGCCCUUUAAUAGACUAUUAUUCCGAACAUUCAUCCACUUAUCUCAAAAGUUUGAGCAUGGAUAUUUGUUUUUCAUUUACCUCGAAAUCAUGUGGAAUAUUUUGGAAGGGUUUGUGGAACGAUAUUUCUCAACUCUCUUCCUUGGAGAAAUUAGAAAUGCAUGUCGAUGUUCUCUCGUGUGAGUCGAAUGAUAUUUUAACUGUGGUGGAAGAGGCCUUUUCAUUGCAUGGCGAGAAUAAUGGUAUUGCACUCAAAAAUAACAAUACUGAUGAGGCCAUACAAGUGAAAAUUCCAAAUUUAAAAAGAAUAUCAAUGAGCAUCAAAAAAGAUGGAAAAAUAAUUAUUGACCAAUCCAUGUUGUUAACUUUGCUUAAACACAGAGUCAAAGAUUUGCAAGAAAUUGAUAUUGAUUUUCGGGUGAAUAAUGAACUUGAAUUCUCCCAAUGUUUUGAGCAUUGGAAUUGCUUUGACACUUCGUUGACCUGGUACAAUAUUAGAAAACUAAAAUUUUCGAAUGUGAAAUUGGAUUCAGAAAAGUGUGACGUGCUGGGACGGUGCCACACACUGAGAUGGCUCAUUUUGAGUCACGUCGAAUUUGUUUCACAUGAUGAUGCAGACGACGAUGAAAAACGUUUUGUCCUAGAAUGUCUUGCACAAUCAAGAACCAUUACGCAUUUGGAACUUCCCUAUUGCAAUCUUGAAGAUUAUCAUUUGGAGCCAAUAUUUUCGAGCAUGAACCAGCUUGAAUUACUGAAUUUGAAAUUUAACAAUGUUGGACCUUUAUUAUUAUUAACUCAUUUAACUAAAGUGGACAUUGGAAACACUGCACCGACUGUGAGAAAUAUCUUGAUACAUUUGUAUGCUUUGAAUUUGGAAGGAAAUUCAAUGAUCACUGAAGAGCAUAUCAACAAACUACUCGAACACAACGAAACAUUGACCUAUUUAACUCCUCAAAGCAAUGAUUUGUUACCCCUGCCUACGUUUACAUGGCAGUGA